UUUCAGUAUUCAUAUCUGGUGUGGUGGAUCUGAAGUUACUGAACAUCGAGGUAUUGAUGUAAGGUUGGAAUGAAAUCUCAGCAUACAACUCAUAAUUCUUCUGGGUCUCAAUAUACAAAUUGGACCUACAGGGUCUCAAUAUGUGGUGCCUCUCCAAAGUGCAAUACAGGGACCUACACGGCUUCAAAAUGUGGUGUCUGAGCAUGUGACAUCUUACCAAAAUAUAAUGCAGGAACCUACAAUUCCUCAAUAUAUGGUGUCUCCCCAAAGUUCAAUGCCUCAAUGUGUAGUGUCCCCCCAAAAUGGAAUACAAGGACCUACAAGGCCUCAAUACAUGGUGUCUCCUCAAAAUGCAAUACAGGGGUUUGCGAUACCUCAGCAUAUACAGCAUUCUCUAAAUACAAUACAUGGACCUACAGGGCUUCAAUAUAUAGCAGUACAGAGGACUCGAUAUAUACUGUUUCCUCGAAAUGCAUUACAAGGACCUACAAGGCCUCAAUAUGUGGUGUCUCCUCAAAAUGCAAUACAGGAACCUACAAGGCCUCAAUAUUUGGUGUCUCACCAAAAUGGAAUACUAGGACCAACAAGGCCUCAAUAUAUGGUGUCGUUGUCUCCCCAAAAUGCAAUACAAGGACUUAUAAGACCUCAGCAUGUGACAUCUAACCAAAAUGCAAUACAGGAAUCUAUGAGCCAUCUAUGUGUGGUGUCUCAACAAAAUUCAAUACAGGAACCUACAAGGCCUCAAAAUAUGAGACAGACACCUACAGCGCCUCAGUAUCAAACUGAACAUAAUGCUAUCAUUAAUGGACAAAUACUAAAUGAUGCCAAAGUAAACUCUAAUAACAUCAAACUCAAAUUUGAUAUGCCAACUCCACCAAGUACACCAUUUGAAAAUUCUUACAAAAGUGCAUUUAAUUCUUUAAAAGUUGAAUCCAUGGGUAGCAAGGAUUGGGCUAUGGAUAUUGAAUACAAAUAUAAUGAUUCAAACAGAGAUCAGUAUCAGAGCAACAACGACUCAAAUUUAUGCUAUCCAAAUGUUAAAAGCGAACCAAAUAGUGAACAAGAAUAUCAAACAGGUAAAGUUGAAUCUGGAGAGUCAAAUGGAAACGUCACAGUCAAGAAAGAGGGGAAUGUCGGAAACUCUGUAUUUGCUGUUGGACCCAGAUGUAGUAACAUGCAAAUGGACAGUCCAAGAGACUUGACUCAAGAUGGAUCAAAAUUACAAGAAACACAAGGAUUUGUAACAAAGAAGUCACCAUAUUAUAGAUGCAAUGCAUGUGGUGUACAAUUUAUAAAUUCAAAGUUACUACAAAAACAUGAAGCCAAACAUGCUGGUGUGUAUCCAUUGAAGUGUGAAAUAUGUGGUAAAAGAUUAAAAUCUCAUUAUACUUUGAAACAUCAUCAAAGAACUGAUACCGGACCAUUCAAAUGUCUACUAUGUGAUGAAUUGUUCAACCAAAAAUGUGCUUUAAAAGUCCAUGUUAGAACUCAUACUGGUAUGAAACCAUUUGAAAACUCAAAGUCAAAAUAUCCCAAUGACAAAACCAACACUUAUGGUCUAUGUGAUGUCCAACCUGUAGAAAAUAAUAUGGAAGUAGGAAACAUUAACAAAAAUGUGGUUAAAAGUGUGAAAGAUGAAUUCAUUGAAAAGAAGAACUGGAACAUGAACAAUAUGUCUAUGUCCAAGGAGAAUGAAGAAAACAAACAUCGCAGCAGUUCUGAAAAUUUGAAUCAAGAUGUAUCAAGAUUGAAAAGAACAUUUGAGAAUGUACAAGGGGAGUUCGCUUGUUAUAAAUGCAAUGAAUGUGGUGAAGGAUUCAUGGAUCCAUUUUUAGUACAACGACAUGAGGCAAAACAUAAACAAGAAAUAUAUCCAUUCAUAUGUGAAAUAUGUUUUAAAUAUUUCAAAUGCAUAAGGGACCUAGCACGCCAUAAGAGAACAAAAACUGGCAAGAAAGCAUUUACAUGUAAAAUAUGUGAUAAAUCUUUUAACCAAAAAUGUGCUUUGAAGACACACAAAAGAACUCACAAUUAUAACCCAUACAAGGGUAAACAAUGUGAUAAAUAUUUUAGCCAAAUAUGUGAUUUAUUGGUUCAUACUGAAACAACACGCACAGUUAAUAAACCAUUGAAGUGUAAAAUAUGUGCAAAAUAUUUCACUCACGGUUCAACUUUAAGAAAUCAUCUAAGAGUCCAUACUGGCGAGAAGCCAUUCAAAUGUAAAAUGUGUGGUAAGUGUUUUAUUUAUAAAAGUAAUAAAACAAGCCACGAGAGAUCUCACACCUGUGAGAAGCCAUUCAAAUGUAAAAUAUGUGGUAAGUGUUUUGGGGAUAAAAGUAAUAAAAUGAUCCAUGAGAGAUCUCACACUGGUGAGAAGCCAUUCAAGUGUAAAAUAUGUGGUAAGUGUUUUAGGGAUAAAAGUAAUAAAACGAUCCAUGAGAGAUCUCACACUGGCGAGAAGCCAUUCAAAUGUAAAAUGUGUGGUAAGUGUUUUAGUCGUACAAGUAGUAAAACAAGCCAUGAGAGAUCUCACACUGAUGAGAAACCAUUCAUCUGUACACAAUGUGGUAAAUGUUUUAAGACUCCUGGAUAUUUAGAAAAACACAAGAAAAUUCACUCUGGUGAGAAACCAUUUAAGUGCAAAACAUGUCAGAAAUGUUAUUUUAUUGAGAGUGUUUUGAAAUACCAUGAAAAAACUCACAGUAGUGUAAAACCAUUCCUGUGUCAACAUUGUGGGAAGUGUUUUACUUAUGGCAGUACCUUAAAUGCGCAUGAAAGAAAGCACACUAAUAAGAAGCCAUUCAAAUGUAAAAUGUGUAGUAAGUGUUUUAUGUAUAAAUGUAGUACAACAAGACAUGAGAGAUCACACACUGGUGAGAUUAAGCCAUUCUAAUGUAAAAUAUGUGGUGAAAAUUUUAGGUAUAAGAGUAAUAUAACAUGCCAUGAGAGAUCCCACACUGAUGAAAAGCCAUUCAAAUGUAAAAUGUGUAGUAAGUGUUUUAGGUACAAAUGUAAUAAAACAAGCCAUGAGAGAUCACACACUGGUGAGAUUAAGCCAUUCUAAUGUAAAAUAUGUGGUGAAAAUUUUAGGUAUAAGAGUAAUAUAACACGCCAUGAGAGAUCUCACACUAUUGUGAUUAAGCCAUUCUAAUGUAAAAUAUGUGGUGAGUGCUUUACACUUAAACAAUCUUUAACAAUCCACCAAAGUUUUCAUAACAGGUGAACAACCACACAAAUGUCAACAGUGUGAUAAAUGCUUUACCAGGCAUACUUCUUUGAUAUACCAUCAAGGAAC